AUGGAGUUAGGGUUAGAAGUGCGGCAAAACAUAGGUCAUGAUAUGGUGUUGUACAGGACCAAGGUUUUGAUGUUGUAUACCUGCUAUUUGAAGAUUGUGUCUCAACUUCCAACUCGAAUUCUCUGCAAAUUUCAUAACAGUACAGCAAGGUUAAAGAUAUGUGACUGUGGAAAUCAGCUUGCACUUGCAAUGCAACAGAUUGAGGCAGCUGGUAGAGGUGUACUUGUAUAUUUACGCGGACAUGAAGGUAGGGGUAUUGGAUUGGGCCACAAGCUCCGUGCUUAUAACCUACAAGAUGAUGGGCGCGAUACCGUAGAAGUCAAUGAGGAGUUGGGAUUGCCUGUUGACUCUAGGGAGUAUGGCAUUGGUGCGCAGAUACUGAGGGAUCUAGGUGUUCAAUCUAUGAAGUUGAUGACUAACAAUCCAUCCAAAUAUAUUGGUCUCAAAGGUUAUGGUUUAACUGUUUCUGGUAGGAUCCCAUUGUUAACUCUUAUCACUUCGGAGAACAAGAGAUAUUUGGAGACAAAACGUGUGAAAAUGGGCCACAUCUAUGGCACGGAACAUAACAGUGGCAAUGUUAAAACCGAUAGUGUUGAAGAUUCAAAUUCAAACGGAGUUACCAGCCUUUGAAGCCUUAGAAGAGGAAGUAGAAAUUAACACUGCAGCUGAAUCCAAAAUGUGACAGUUGAAUAAUUCUAUUUAUGAAUUGAUUAUUUGCAUAAUUGUUUUGCCUGGUUUUCUUCACCCAGUCACUACUUAAUUAGACUUCAUUCUGAAACUUAGUG